UUCAUUUGGUCGUUUUCUUUGAGAAUAGUUGAAUACAAGUUUCCGCUUGGAGCAAAUUGAAUUCAAACUUCUUCUUAAUUCUUCUCAGAUCAUCAUCAUUAAAUGGCGUCCCUUGCUUCCCGCUUGCAGCACUCUGUCACUCCCAAUGCUCUUAGAUCCUAUGUCGCAGAGUUUCUCUCCACUUUCCUUUUCGUCUUUGCCGCUGCCGGCGCUGCCAUGUCUACCAGGAAAAUGACUCCUGAUGCGACAUCGGAUCCAUCUAGCCUAGUGGCAGUUGCAGUUGCGAAUGCAUUUGCAUUGUCCGUGGCAGUGUAUAUAUCAGCCAAUAUCUCCGGCGGCCACGUGAAUCCGGCUGUCACGUUCGGAAUGGCUAUAGGAGGCCAUAUAAGUAUUCCCAUGUCCAUAUUCUACUGGAUUUCUCAGAUGCUUGGUUCUGUCAUGGCCUGCCUUGUUCUGAAAUGCACUAAUCAGCAAGUUCAGACACAUGGAAUUCCUCACGACAUGACUGGUUUCGGAGGAGCAGUGCUCGAAGGUGUAAUGACAUUUGGUUUAGUGUACACAGUUUAUGCAGCUGCUGAUCCUAGACGUUGCGUCCACGGAGCAAUUGGGCCAUUGGCAAUUGGGCUCAUUGUGGGAGCAAACGUCAUGGCUUCGGGCCCAUUUACUGGGGGAUCAAUGAACCCAGCUUACUCAUUUGGCUCUGCUGUUGUCAAAGGUAGCUUUGGUAAUCAAGCAGUGUACUGGGUUGGACCUUUCAUUGGUGCAGCCAUAGCAGGAAUUCUAUAUGAUAAUGUGGUUUUUCCUCCACAAGCGACUGAGUCUUUGAGGGGGAUAGGUGGUGGAAUUGCUGUUUAAGUGCUCUGCAGUUUUUUGUUUCUCUUUGUUGUGUUUUACUUCUUCGUAGUCUGCAUAACAUAUUGAUGUUGCCUUCUCUCUUGUAGAACUACUAGUGCUUAAUCAUAGUCUAGUUAGUUGUGUUGCCAUA